GAACAAAAUCCAAAAAGAUUUUAUAUCUACAAGAUGAUGACAAAGAUGACAAAGAAAAUCGCAAAAAACCUAAAAUCAAAAUCCAAGGUAUUCUCAAUAAGGAAAUACAUAUUGAUAGCAUAACUAAGGAUACUUUAAACAUUUUUAAAAAUUUCAAGAACAGAAAUCAAGAUCCUUUGGCACUAAAAGGAAUCAUGGAUAUGACACCUAAAAGUUUUUUUGACAAAACAAAUUCCUGA